AUGAGGAUGAUCCUGGUAGCUUUGCUGGUGCCUCUACUGGUUCUGUCCAGCGCUGGACAUACCUCAGGUACAAUUGUCACCAGCUGCGAGGCGUGUCAUGAACAAGCCGUCUGCCGCACCUCGCCCAUUGCAGGUGACAUCACAUGCACCUGUAAGAAGGGCUUCUCCGGCGAUGGCCUCAUCUGCUUACCUGGCCACAUCGCCGCCGACGACCACCACCACGCCCCUCGCCGUGACCGCCGCUCCAACACAAACCUUGCCCAUGUCCGGUUCAGCUGCGGCUUCAACGAGUGCGCUGAUGGGGAGGACUGCAUCACGGUUGACGGCAUCCAGCAGUGCGCCAACCCUUGCAAGAGCUACACGGUCCUGAACGACCCGUGGCGUUCCACCAGCAACAACGUGGGCAACAAGCAUUGCGACCGCAACGUCCAUUGGGACGGCUAUUACCGCAUGUACAUCGGUAACCAGAGCGUGUCCAUGCCGGACAAGUGCGUGGAUUCGUUCAAGUGCGGCACCCAGGCUCCCUUGUGGCUGGCGUUUCCUCCCCCCCAGCAGGUGGAUGAAAUUGUCCAGAGUGCAGUCUGCGCCAGCUUCAAUGAGGACUGCUGCUGGGUGCAGUCUCAGCCCAUCCACGUCAAGGCAUGCCCUGGGAACUACUUUGUGUACAAGUUGGUCAUGCCUCCCGGGUGCUACUUCGCCUAUUGUGCAUAUGUGUCAGCUCCCACCACAACACCAAAACCAGUCACAACUACAGAAAUACCAGUAGAGAACAAUCGCACCACAACAACAACACAGUCACAGGUUGCCACGACUACGCCAAAAGCAAUGUGUGGUACCUGCAGAGAGGGGGAGACCUGCGUGAGCAAUGAUGGGGUCACUUGGCGGUGUGAAAGGCCAGAUCAGCCUGUUUUGCUGCACCCAGCGGUAGUGUGUGGGCGGAGUCUGGUACAGGUGGGUCUCAACAGGACUAACCUGGAGGCCGCUGGUCUGGAUGCCACCACCGCUAACCUGGCCGACCCCCGGUGUAACGCUCACGAAGAGCGUGGCGGCAUGGUAUGGUACCAGGUGGAGCGCACGGAGGGCACCUGCGGAAACACUCUGGAGACAAACGGAACUGACGCCAUCUUUUCCAACAGUUUAUUCAUCUACCACAUUCACAACGUGUCCUUCAGCCGACCCGUGAGCGUGCCUUUCUCCUGUGCCUACCCUCUGGAAUCAGAGACCAGCCUGGAUGUGGCCAUCAAACCCUACCUGUCGCUGAAGGAUGUCCAAGUCGGUAAGGGCUCCAAAGUGGGCUCCAACAUGACUCUGUACCACAGCGAAAACUUCACAAAGGCUUACCCAGCGGGCGGAGUCACCUUGCCGGUGGGUUCCGUGCUGCACGUGGGUGUGUCCGUAGAGGAGUCUGAGACGGAGCGUUUCGUGGUCGUUCUGGAGGACUGCUAUGCCACACAAUCCCCCGACCCUAAAGACAUCAUGCGAUACUACAUCAUUCAGAACAAAUGUGCGACUGAAUUCCGUCAGGUGAGGGUGGAGGAGAGCGGCUCGUCUCUCAGGGCUCGCUUCUCUGCUCUGCUGUUCUUGUACCAGGGGGACUACCGGGAUGUCUUCCUGCACUGCAGACUCAGCCUUUGUGACCAGAGGAGCUCCUCCUGCACUCCAGUGUGCGCCAAAAGGAAAUACCGCUCUGUCACCCCCUCUGUCCCCCUCGAACCCCUCUCCAUCGGACCAAUCACCUUGGCCAAGGCACACUUACUGGUGAAGAGCCAGGUGAACCACCCUGAGAUCCAGCCUGAAGAGAAGGUCGGGCCUCAGGGGCAGGAAAUGCUGUCCUACCAGGUAGGGCUGGAACUGGUGAAGAGCCAGGUGAACCACCCUGAGAUCCAGGUAGGGCUGGAACUGGUGAAGAGCCAGGUGAACCACCCUGAGAUCCAGGUAGGGCUGGAACUGGUGAAGAGCCAGCUGAACCACCCUGAGAUCCAGGUAGGGCUGGAACUGGUGAAGAGCCAGCUGAACCACCCUGAGAUCCAGGUAGGGCUGGAACUGGUGAAGAGCCAGGUGAACCACCCUGAGAUCCAGGUAGGGCUGGAACUGGUGAAGAGCCAGGUGAACCACCCUGAGAUCCAGGUAGGGCUGGAACUGGUGAAGAGCCAGGUGAACCACCCUGAGAUCCAGGUAGGGCUGGAACUGGUGAAGAGCCAGGUGAACCACCCUGAGAUCCAGGUAGGGCUGGAACUGGUGAAGAGCCAGGUGAACCACCCUGAGAUCCAGGUAGGGCUGGAACUGGUGAAGAGCCAGGUGAACCACCCUGAGAUCCAGGUAGGGCUGGAACUGGUGAAGAGCCAGGUGAACCACCCUGAGAUCCAGCAAAUUGCCAGCCGAGAUGCUGCGGUAACAGUGUCCAACAUGCAAUGUGAGAAUCCGGUCGGAUGGUCACUGGCCCCAGAACUCUCUUCAGCUUCAGGCAGUAACAGGACAAUGUGA